AGUAUGGCUGUCAGUUUAUACAAAACUUUUAAUGAGACACUUAGAACAGUGUAAGAAGAAUUAGCACGAAACCUUUUGCUACAAGCGACGUUACAAACAGGAGAUUAUAUUAUUACAUAAGUACAAAGCAAGAAGACAGUUAUCUAAGAAAAGAUGGCAAACAACAAAGCACCCGCUAUUGGAAUUGACCUGGGGACGACCUACUCGUGUGUUGGAGUUUUUCAACACGGGAAAAUCGAGAUCAUCGCCAAUGACCAGGGAAACCGAACCACCCCGAGCUAUGUGGCGUUCACAGACACAGAGAGACUGAUCGGUGACGCCGCUAAGAACCAGGUGGCCAUGAAUCCACAGAACACUGUGUUCGACGCCAAGAGACUGGUCGGGAGGAAAUUCGACGAUUAUUCCGUCCAGAGCGACAUGAAGUACUGGCCGUUUAAAGUGAUCAACAGCGCCGGUAAGCCGGUCAUUCAGGUGGAAUACAAAGGUGAAAACAAGGUGUUCACACCUGAAGAAAUCAGCUCUGUGGUGCUCACCAAGAUGAAGGAAACGGCGGAAAGUUACCUGGGACAGAAAGUCACAGACGCGGUAAUAACGGUUCCAGCGUACUUCAACGACGCCCAACGACAAGCGACGAAAGAUGCCGGGGUAAUCGCCGGACUGAAUGUUCUCAGAAUCGUCAACGAACCCACGGCGGCAGCUCUCGCCUAUGGACUGGAUAAAAACCUUAAAGGUGAGAAAAACAUUCUCAUCUUUGAUCUCGGUGGCGGCACGUUUGAUGUGUCAGUUCUGACUGUUGACGAGGGAUCUAUAUUUGAAGUGAAAUCCACCGCUGGAGACACCCACCUUGGGGGAGAAGACUUUGACAACAGAAUGGUGAGUCAUUUCAUCCAAGAGUUCAAGAGAAAGAACAAGAAGGACAUUAGCGGCAGUGCACGUGCAGUUCGACGUCUGCGAACUGCGUGUGAGCGCGCCAAACGCACUUUGUCCACUAGCUCUGAAGCCAGCAUUGAGAUCGACUCACUUUUCGAGGGAAUAGAUUUUUACACCAAAGUGACGAGAGCUCGGUUUGAGGAGCUGUGUACGGAUCUAUUCAGGGCCACCUUGGAGCCCGUAGAAAAAGCUCUGAAAGACGCCAAGAUGGACAAAUCUAGAAUUGACGAAAUCGUUCUUGUCGGAGGAUCAACAAGGAUUCCAAAAAUCCAAAACAUGUUGAAGAGCUUCAUGAAUGGCAAGGACCUGAACAAGUCUAUAAAUCCGGACGAGGCUGUGGCAUACGGUGCGGCAGUACAGGCGGCAAUUCUCAGCGGUGACAGCAGUGACGUCAUCAAAGAUGUAUUACUGGUUGACGUCGCUCCUCUUUCUCUGGGUAUCGAAACGUCCGGAGAGGUGAUGACGAAACUGAUUGAGAGAAACACCACGGUGCCAACGAAAACCUCGCAGGUGUUUACAACGUACUCGGACAACCAACCAGCUGUCACUAUUCGCAUCUUCGAGGGUGAGAGAGCUUUAACUAAAGACAAUAACCUCCUUGGGAAAUUCGAUCUCACUGGGAUACCCCCAGCGCCGAGAGGAGUUCCUCAGAUCGAAGUCACCUUUGAUAUUGAUGCUAAUGGAAUCCUGAACGUCUCUGCUGCUGACAAGAGCACGGGGAAGUCGAAAUCCAUCACGAUAACGAACGACAGAGGUCGACUGAGCAAGGAGGAGAUCGAGAGAAUGGUGAACGAGGCGGAGAAGUACAGAGACGAAGACGACAAACACAAGGAGAGAAUCGGCGCCAGGAAUCAGUUCGAGAACUACCUGUUCAGCGUGAAGGGCGCGGUGAGCGAGGCGGGCGACAAACUGGAGAGUUCCGACAAGGAGGCGGCCGUGAAGGUGUGUGAGGAGGCCGUGCAGUGGCUCGAUAACAACUCUCUAGCGGAGAAGGAAGAAUACGAGUACAGGUACAAGGAGCUACAGAAACUUUGUUCGCCCAUCAUGGCCAAACUUCACGGACAGUCACAGAACAAUGGACAGCCUGGCUUUAAUUCUAACUCAGGAGCCAGUUCUAAAGGUGGACCAACCAUUGAAGAAAUGGACUAAGAGUCAAAUACUGGAUGAUGGACUUGUAUAUAUAAAUUAUGUGUAUGAUUGUGUGUAUGAUUGUGUGUAUGUGGACUAAUAACUAGUCACCAAACUGAGAAACAUUUGUUCAAGAAAAGUUCGUACGUCUUUUUACUAAACUAUUGAUAUUAUACGAUUGUUAUUUGUUAUCUUGUUGUUUUGUAAAAUAAAUAUUUUAUUACAUUUGAAA